CGUCAUCUGAGUGCGACGCCGGUUGACGCCCCUUUUGUCAAAGAAGAAGAAAACAACGGGCAACUGUUGAACCGUUUUUAUCGGUUAGCGUUUUAAAACAAAUGGAGAAGAUAAGGUGAAAAGUAGCCAACAUGGCGACUAGAAUGCUGAAGCGAUCCGGCCUUUCAAACGACUUAUGUGAGCAACUCAAACGGCAUAAAAUAGAAAGUUGUAAGGACCUGUUGUCUCUGACUCCUGUUGAGGUGAUGUAUGCUGCGGGGCUGAGCUACGACAAGGCUUGCGUGCUGUUGCAGUCAGUGAGCAAAGCUGUUGCACCGCCAGUCACCACGGCUCUGGAGCUGUUGAAGCAACAGUCCUGUUGUUCCACUUCGUUGCCUGCUCUGGACAAACUUCUGAGAGGGGGGCUGCCCCGUGGGACCAUCACUGAGGUAGCAGGGCCCUCUGGCUGUGGGAAGACUCAGAUGUGUUUUAUGUUGAGUGUUUUGGCCACUAUGCCAAAGAGUGAGGGUGGCCUGGACAGCAGUGUGAUCUACAUCGACACAGAGUCCGCCUUCUCCGCUGAGAGGCUGGUGGAGAUCGCACAAAGCCGGUUCCCAGGUUACUUCAGCUGUAAGGAGAGAGUCCUGCACAUGGCCGGGCGGGUACACCUCUUCAGGGAGCUCACCUGUCAAGAUGUCUGCAACAGAUUGGAUAGACUAGAAGAGGACAUCAUCUCAACCGGAGCAGGUCUCAUCAUCCUGGACUCUGUGGCCUCAGUGGUGAGAAAGGAGUUUGACACAACGUUGCCCGGCAACCUGAUGCACCGCUGCAACCUGCUGGGCCACGAGGCCUCCACCCUCAAAUACCUGGCCCACCAGUUCAACAUACCAGUGUUUCUCACCAACCAGAUCACGACUCAUUUGGGGGGUCAAGGAUCCGAGGUGGAUUCUGGGUUUGUGACAGCGGCUCUGGGCAACACGUGGAGUCACACUGUCAACACACGUCUUAUUGUCCAGUAUGUGGACACGCACCAGAGACAGAUACUGAUAGCCAAGUCACCCGUGGCUCCAUUUGCUGUGCUGAACUACACUAUUGAGAAGCAGGGGAUCUGUAUGGAUGGAGACGACAGUCAGGAGACCUUGUAUGAGGGCACAGAUCCGGGCCUCCAGCCAAUCAGGGUGCAGACUGGAUUCAGCUACAACCUGACAACCUGACUUUGUUGCGUCGUUACUCACAGACUGCUGAAAGUUAUCUACAUUAACACCAUUUGCUUCCUGUAUAAAGACAUUGACUGUU